AUGCAGUUUUCCAACGCUUUUGCUCUUGCCAUUUUGGGCUCUGUCACCUCCGCCAUUACAACCGUCACAAUUCCUGGCUCUACUCUUGUCAUCAGCACCAACACUGUUGUAAGCUACACUAGUAGUGAUUACUUGAUCAUUAAUACCUUCUACGGUACUGGUGACAGUACUGCUACAACCGGUUCUUCCCCUUCUACUACUGGUACUUCCAGUGUUAGCACCACUAGUGGUACCUCUACCGGGUCUGUCACUAGUUCCACCAAAACCUCUUCAGCAACAAGUGUGAGCACUUCAAGUGCAGUUUCUUCUUCGAUUUCCGAAUCGCUCGUUGAAACCGAUACCGCUUCUGAUACAUCCUCUAUUAAUAGUGCCAGUGAAUCAAGCUCUGAUAGUACCAUCACCAGUGUGGUUAGUGCUACUGGUAACUCAUCUACCGUUGCAUCUUCAACUUCCUAUUCAGAAUCUGUAGGUAACGCAACCAGUUCUAAAUCACACGGUGCUGGUAAUGCUUACGGUGUUUCUUCCGGAUUUCUCAUGGCUGGUUUUGCUGCUAUUGUGUUACUUUAG